ACUCUCGCCGAGCCCCGAGCCCUGCACAUAUGGGACGAUGAGAGCGGUCCCCCAUGAGCUCCGAGCCUUUGUCUCUGCGAGGAGAAGGAGGAGGAGGAGGCGCCCGGAGCUGCCCCGCGUCCCCUGAGAGCCUCGCCCGCCCGCGGGCUCCCGCAGGACGAUGCUCGCCUGCCUGGCCAGGGGCAGUUUGCUGGAUAUUCUGCAGGAGGGCUUCACAGAGCAACAGCUCCAGGCAUAUGUGGCCUGGGUGAAUUCCCAGCUGAAGAAGAAGCCAGCAGUAAAGCCAGUGCAGGACCUGAGACAGGAUCUGCGGGAUGGAGUCACCCUGGCUCUGCUCAUUGAGAUUGUAGCUGGUGAGAAGCUCAGUGGCAUUGAGGCCAACCCCACCAGCCAGCAGCAGAUGAGGGAAAAUGUGGAGAAAGUCCUACAGUUUGUGGCAUCCAAGAAGAUCCGCAUGCACCAGACAUCAGCUAAAGACAUCGUCGACGGGAACCUGAAGUCCACCAUGAGGCUGAUCCUGGCCUUGGCCGCCCACUUCAAGCCGGGCUCCGGGAGGGCCGUGGGUGCCAGCGGGGCUGGCGCGGUGGGGAAGGGCUGGGCAGCGCCCCUGGGCAGCCACAGGCCCCGCUCUGCCGCUGCCAUGGCCCAGGGGGCGGUGGCUGCCCUGGCCGAGGUCCGGCAGGACGUGCUGCACUCCGGCCGGGACGUGUUCCGCCACAGGCACCGAAACAGCAGCAUGGAUGAGGAGAUUGAAAAUCCCUACUGGAGUGUCCGGGCACUGGUGCAGCAGUAUGAGGGGCAGCAGAACGUGCCACUGGAGUCCCACUCCUCCAGCCUCACAUCACCCAGCCCUGUCCACAGUGCAAAGAGUGAAUCCACUGUAGCCCCCUCAGAGGAGAAGGAGAGGCUUGUGAUCCUCCAGACUGAGGAAACAGAAACUAAACCAGAGGAGACCGAUUCCCAUCUCCAGCCUGAGUGGCAAGCAGGGAACUCUGGCUCUUACUUGGAGAACUCAUGGGAGGAGCAGCUUUUGGAACAACAGGACCACUUGGAAAAGGAGAUGGAGGAAGCAAAAAAGAUGAUUUCAGGCUUGCAGGCUUUGUUGCUCAAUGGCUCUUUACCUGAGGACGAGCAGGAAGGGUCCUUUGAGCUCUGUGAGCGUGGGGCCUGCCCUGAAGAGCAGCUGAUCAUAAUCCGAAGUCGCCUGGACCAGAGUGUGGAAGAAAACCAAGACCUAAAGAAGGAGCUACUGAAAUACAAACAAGAAGCUCGAAACCUGCAGGGGAUAAAGGAUGCCCUCCAGCAGAGGCUGAUCCAGCAGGAUGCUUCAGUCCUGCAGCUGAAGCAGGAGCUGCUGAGAGCAAACAUGGACAAGGAGGAGCUGCACAACCAGAACGUUGAUCUUCAGAGGAAGCUGGAGGAGAGAAACCGGCUGCUGGCAGAGUACAAAAAGGAGCUGUGCCAGAAGGACCGGCACCUGCAGCAGCACCAGACCAAGCUGGACGAGAUGCUCAGGCAGCUGUCCGAGGCCAGCUACCAACAGGUACGGACUGGGGGGCUGCACUGGUGCCCUGGCACUCACCUGGCUGGCUCAGUGCCUGUGUUGACUCCUCUCCUCCCCUCCCAGGUGGAUUUGGAGCGGGAGCUGGAGCACAAGGAGGCCCUGCUGGCUCACUGCAUGAAGAGGGAGGCUGAGGAGGUGCUGGCUUACAGCAGCCACAGUGCUCAGAGCAAUGGCUUUCUCCAGACAGCAGGAAAGGGAGCCGCUCCCACGGCCCACCGAGGGGCAAACGACCUGCAGCUGGUCCGGGAUGCCCUUCGCAGCCUCAGGAACAGCUUCAGCGGCCACGACCCCCAGCACCACACCAUCGACAGCCUGGAGCAGGGCAUCGCCAGCCUCAUGGAGCGCCUGCACCGCCUGGAGACGCAGAAGAGGCAAGAGAGAAGGGUGCGGGGCAGAUCGCCGGCCAGCAGAGCCACCAACGAGUGCAGAGACUCCUGGCCUCCCAAAUCCAAGCUGCCUCACUCUCACAGCACCCCAGUGAUGAGCACCAGUGCCUGCACCAAAGUGCUGUACUUCACCGACCGCUCCCUCACCCCCUUCAUGGUCAGCAUACCAAAGAGGUUAGGGGAAGUGACCCUGAAGGAUUUCAAGGCAGCUAUUGAUCGGGAGGGAACCCACAGGUACCACUUCAAAGCCCUGGAUCCGGAGUUUGGCACAGUCAAGGAGGAGGUAUUCCAUGAUGAUGACAUCAUUCCUGGCUGGGAGGGGAAAAUCGUGGCCUGGGUGGAAGAAGACCACGGGGAGAAUUAAUGGAGCUUCCAAGCCUUGUUGCUAUGGGAACCUGCGACUGCCUGCCGAGCUCCAAGGGUGACCAGCAAGGCGGUGAGAGCUGGGAGGAAAGAGACCAACUCGAGCUGCCAAAAAAAACCCACAAACCACCCAGCCUCUCUGCAAACAACGGGUACUGCAUGUGGUGUGCAUGGACACUGCCCCCUGACCCGCCAUGCCCAGCUGGAGGUGCUGUCCUGGGACUGGAAGGACGGGUCUGUGGGGAGGAAACACCUUUGUCCUGUCAGCGAAACCCUGGAGGCCUUAAAGAUGCUCUGCCCCCUUGUCUUGCUCCCCUGCUCCUGUGACGUGUGCUGGGGGCCCACCUGGGCACUUCUGAGCCUGGUCCCUUGUGCUGAUGUUACAUAAAUGUGCACUGAUGGCAGCAAAACGGGAGUCAGAAGAAGCCGCUGGAUUACGGGAGCUGAAGGCUAGGACCAGCUUUUGUCCCGGACUUGCACGUGGACUUUGUGGACAUCUCCAGCCUGACAGUGCCUGUCCCGGGGAGGGAACGGUCUUCUGGAGGUUUUGUGCAUGGUCUGAAGCAAAGAUCACCUUGGCAACGCUCCCUUUCUCCCAAACUCAGGCUUCCAUUUCCCGCCCUGCUUUCCCCACUCGCUCUCCAAAGCUGUCCUGGCUCCCGGGGCCCUCGGGCUUUGCUCCGUGGCCGUGGGCACUGUGGGAUCUCGGUGCUGGUUUGUUUGCUGAAGGGUUUCACGUGUGGAACUGAGCUCUCCCUGCACUCCUGCCCUCUCCCCUGUCACCCCUGUGCACAGGCAUCACUGUGCUGCUGUCCGCCCACUGCCAGGGCCACCCUGCACUUCCCCACACCGCUGCCCUGGGAUGCUGGCUCCUGCAGGAGCAGGGAGCUUGGGAAAGAACAAGCCCCAAAAUCCCCGAGGGUGGGUUUUGUCUCUUUGGUUCUGUGGUUUUAUGUCUCUGUGUUGCCUGUCUCUGCAGCCACUGUGGGCUUGGGAGGCCAAAUGGCAAGUCAGGGAACGGGAAUGAGCAUUCCUGGUACCCGUGGCCCUUCCGUGGGUGAUCUGUGUGUGCUGUGCAUGAGGCUGGGACAAGGGGGACCUGGUUUUACUGUUUUAUAUUGACAUGUCCUUUUGUAAACAUGUUCUUGGAAUUAUUUUGUACCGAUUUACAUUUGUCUGAGGACUGUGGAUAUUUUUAUACUAGUGCAAGUGCUCUCUGUACAUUUCUGCACGCAUUAUACUGUGUUUUACUCA